AAGCCAGUCAUUGCUGGCCACGCUGCCAUAGCAACUAGGAAAUACUCACCGCCGUCAGUGGAGUAGUGUGUGAAUGUGUGUGUUAAGGGGGGAUAGAGAGAGCAGAACGUGGUGAGUGGGAGUCCAGACAGACCACAACAACAGAAGGGACCGAUUUUUCACCUUUGCCUUCAGUUCUACGAUUUCCUCGCUUCGUCUUCCAGCAGCCGUCAACAGCUGGCUCAGAGAUGGCUGCCAGCACCACAGCCACAACUCUCCUGCCUCCAGUGAAGAGCGUGGUGGUGUAUAGGAAUGGAGACCCUUUCUACAAUGGACGGAGGUUCGUGGUCAACCAGCGACAGGUCGCCACCAUGGAGGCCUUUCUGACUGAGGUGACCCUGAGCAUCGGGGCUCCGCUCGCCGUCAGGACUCUGUACACCCCGAGGCAGGGCCACAGGGUCACAGACCUGCAGGACCUUCAGACAGGAGCCCAGUAUGUUGCUGCUGGCUUUGAAAGGUUCAAGAAGCUGGAUUACCUGAACGCAAGAACAAAAAAGCAGCCUGCUGCCCGUGAAGAAACCCAGGUCAAAGUGACCCAGAGGCCAAAUGUCUCAGCCAAGUGGAGGAAGUUUAUACCUGUGCCGUGCAUUAUACACGUUUUCCGUAACGGAGAUCUCCUGUGUCCGCCAUUCCGAUUCAUCAUUCCUCGGAGCAUGCAGCAGGACCUGGAGCAGAUCCUGAGUCUGGUCACAGAGAAGGUCAGCUUACGAACAGGAGCUGUGCGCAGGUUGUGCUCUUUGGAAGGAGUGCCUGUGUCUUCAGCUGUGGAGCUGGAGACCGGCCGCUGCUAUGUUGCCGUGGGAACCGAGAGGUUCAAGAAACUUCCAUAUGUGGAGCUGUUGGUUUCAAAAGCUGCUGAGAGAUAUUACCCAGGAAAGAGAAGGCUGAUGAGGAGAAAUGAGAACAGGAAAGCAGGAAGUGGUCCAGAGGACCAGUGCAGUGACUCAGCCCUCCUCGACUCUCCAGAGUCAGAUGGUCGGCGGGUGAAGUCGACAGGAGAUGAAUCGGCAGCUCCACAAGCCGCGCAGCAGAGGGGCAGGAGAGGGGGAGGAGAUGAGACCUCCGUGUUCUUCGCCAGGCCGGUUAAGAUUCGCAACAACAGAGGACGACCAAGACCGCCACUCAGCAAUGGAUCUGUCCAGCCCAGCGUGUUUAAAAGAGCAGCACGGAAGAGAAGAGAAGAAGUACGAGGGGCCGAGGAGGUGCACGAGGAUGAAAACACAGCUAUAGAGCUUCCUGUUGACCAGAGAGCUGCAGAAAUAGUGGAGGAUGAGGAAUUAGACAACCAAAACGGCUCUCUGCACAACUCACAGCAGAGACAUGCACAAAUUAUAGAGAGUGAGCAGCACAAUGGGAGACACCCACACAAACGCAAUGGAAAGCAGGCUCUGUAUUCUGAAGAAGAUGGUGUGAAACAGACAGAGGGAUCUGCCAGGACUAAGUCUGCUGCUGAGAUACAGGAGCCUGAGCUGAGGCAGACAGCUUCAAAGUCGAGGCCUUCGUCAUCCACCUCGCAGGGAAAGAACAGGGAAGAAAAGGACAGCCCACAGGAUGGCCCGUCAAUUACAGCAGAACAGAACCAUCAUCAGGAGGACUGCUGAAUGACGAGCACAGAUUCAUCAAAGUGGUUUUAAUACAGCCACAGGCACAGCAGAUGACCCAGCCACUGCUUCUACAAUGACCUACUGUAUGUGGCUAAAUGAAUGUUUGAUUAAAAGGUAGUCAUGGAUGGAUUAAUGGACGGGCCUAUCAGGCACAGACCCAGGGGCCCCCUGGCCUUCACAUGCAAAAUGUCACCCAAAUUAACACGUGCCAACCAGUAAGAGACACAAAAUGACCACAAAGAGACAUAAAAUGAUGGCAAAGAAACAUAAAAUGACCACAAAAUGACCGCAGAGACACAAAACAACUUUAAAGAGAUGCAAAGUGUCUACAAACAGCCCAAAAAUGACUACAAAGACACUCAAAAUGACUAUAAAGAGACACACACAAUGACCACAGAGACUGAAAAUGACUACAGAGAGCCCAUAAAUGACUACAAAGAGACUGAAAAUGACUACAAAGAGACUCAAAAGGACCACGGAGAGACUCAGUGACUACAAAGAAACCCAAAAUGACAACAAAGUGACUCAAAAAGACCACGCAGAGACUCAAAGGUACUACAAAGAAAAUCAAAAUGACCUCAAAGAGACUCAAAAUGACCAUAAAGAGACCCAAAGUUACCACAAAGAAACGGAGAGACCACAGAGACUCAAAAUAACCAUAAAGAGACAUAAAAUGACCACAAAGAGACACAAAACGACCACAAAGAGACAUAAAAUGACUACGAAGAGACACAAAAUGACCACAAAGACACAUAAAAUGACUACGAAGAGACACAAAAUGACCACAGAGUCAUAAAAUGACCACAAAGAGACACAAAACGACCACAAAGAGACACAAAAU